UGCGGCACCGGUCUCUUCUCCAUCGGGGUGCAGAUAGAGCGGCGUCGGUGCAGCGCCACCCAACUCAACCAGUGGACAGCAACGACCCAUCCACCGGAAGUCGUCGAUCGGCUGCGCGACGGACUCGUCCCCAUGGCGACCCGGGCUCUGCACUCGCCGAGGCUCACGAGCCCACCGCUCACGGUCCGGCAUGCGGCGGCGAGGUGCAAGUGCUCCGCCGCGCCGCUCUUCGCGAAGCGACUGCCGCUCGUCGUCGCCUUCCCUCGCUCCGUCGCCUCCUGCUGCGCCGUGCAGGAGUCAUCCGCCGGCGCCACCGCCGCCGCCGCAACCACGGUUAGCGAGACGAAGGAUGCAGACGGUGACAAGAAGGAAGCCGCCGCCGCGGAGGCGAAGCCGGCAGCCAAGCCAGCGGCGGCCAAGCCGAAGAAGGCCCCGCCGAAGCCACUGCCGGAGAUGAUGGAGGAGGAGAUCAUCCCUCCUCUGAAGACCGCGCUGGAGGCCGAGGAGGACGUGUCCCAAGUCGUGCUGACUUUCCAGAACAACACGUUGGAAGGUUCCUUCGUGAAGGAAGACAUACCCUACUACUUCUGGGCCUUCUUUCCGCAGGGAGACCUCACAGGACCGAAGGGCUUUGCGAUGACGUCCUACUCCAUGGAGGUGAGCACCAUCGAGCCGUUCCUGAUCGACGAGAAGAGGAUCACUCCACAGUACGUGGUGUUCUGGGUGUACAAGAGGCUGGCCGGCCAGGGGGUCCUCCCUGUCUGGAGGGCAGAGGACCUGAGUCCUGCUCCUGCAGAGUAGUCAGUAGUAGCAACACAUGAAAGAUACACAACAUACAGGGUGAUCAUACGGGCACAAGUUACUCUGUGUAUAAGAUGUCCAUGCCUAAUUGUGAAUUGAGUAAAGAUGCUGGAAAAGGUUCAUCUGAUUCUUUUUCUUC